AUGCAUGUCGAAGAAGCCAUUACUAUCCCUACUGCCCGACCCGCCUCAACAGCCACAGCCGCAGCCACAGCCACGGCUACAGUCACAAUUGUGCACACGCACAAGCACGCACUAUCGCCAACAACAUCUCCAUGCGUAGCCUUCGCCAUCUGUGCCCAUCGUCGAGCAAAACAAAUCACACGAAGUGCUGUGCCUCCACCCCUAUCAAACUUGAUUUGCACAAGAGAAAGUAUGAACCGUACACUGCUUCAAGCUGCUCAAGCGAUGCGAAUCCACAAAGCUCUCAACCACGCACAGGGUUUGUCAAGAGGAUACGCCAAGUGCUCGACUUCUCGCACUUCCUCUUGGCUGGAAAUUCAAGAAGUUACAAGACAAGGAUUGCGGUAUGUUCUCACCAUCACCAGUGCAAAACACCAAUCUGCCGCUUGA